CACCAGUGAACAUCCAUAUUUAAAGCAAUAUCCAUUUGCCUUACGAUGAGAAACAUAUUUUUAUUAAUUAUUGUAUGCUGCAUAACGCUUGCAGCUCAGUCAAAAAAUUGUGUUGACUUGUUACGCGAACUGGCAAACGCACAGCAACAUUUCGUUUACUGCAACACACGGCAUGCCGUUCCAGACCAUCCUAAGGAUGAACGCCUUUGCAUUGCAUGCAAUCAAAAGUAUAGCGAAAUGGCGAGCAGUUACGAUACGCUGAUGAAAAAUGAAAAUUGUUCCAAAAUUUACAUGGAUUCCGAUCGUAUGAAUAUCGUAUUUACAACACAGAACGUACUUAAGGGACUCUGGAAUCGAGCCUCUUGUGAAGAGUGUUUCAAAGGCAAUAACUCAGAUAACUUUCAAGAACUGUACCUGAGUCUCUCGAGCUGCUUGGAGGUUAACAAAGGCAGCGAGUGCACCAAUUGUCUACUUAAAUACAUAACAAUAAACGAUUUCUAUAAGAAUUUAGACCAGAAAAGCAAUGGCAAAGUAUGCUUUGAUAUGCAGGACGUGAUGAAUCGCACGCGUGUGCUGUGGUCCAAGGAUCUUAAAUGCUGCCAGCGUGAGGUGAAAAUGACAGCAUUCCUAACCAGCGUCGCAAUCGUGGCAGUGCUGCCCAUUCUUCUGUUCUACAGCGCUGCCUUUGUGUUAACCAAACGGCGGGAGGCCAAUCACGGGCUGCUCAACGAGCAAGAGCCCGAACUGGAUGCGCCAUCUACAUCAGCUAUCAUUACCGCUGCCAUCCUAUCGACGCAAACUGAGCCGCCAGCUGUAUUAGAUGCGAGGAUUGAGACAAUUUCCAAUUUGUUGGCACUGAAUGAUCCCGAUUCGUCCAGCGAUGAUGAUCAGCCACUCACAAAGGCAAAAACUAGCUAAGCCGCUCAAUCGGAAAUCGGCCAUGUCAUAUAUAUAUAUAUAUAUAAUACAAUAUGUCCCCUAUUUUUAUAAUUGUCUACGUAUGUGAUAAUCUAUUAUAAUCUAUGCAAGCUAAUUUAUACGAUGCAGCAUUUUGUGAAUCUUACUCAAAUAUAAAAAAAAAUUUGGUAAUAAUGA